AAAUCACGGAGGCUGUGUAUUAUCAGUCGUAAUAUCGUAUGGGGCGGGUUGUUUUUCUACUACGCAGCAGUCGGAAAAUGGGCAGAUGUCUAUGAAACUGAUAACGAUAUAUAGAUAAAAUGUUCACCGUCAUUCGUCUCCAUCGUUAAAGAAACGAGUAGGUUACUAUUUUAUCCAGGCCAAAUGUCUGGAAAUAACAGCAUCUUAAACAAGAAGGUCCGGAAUACAGAAUACAUGAAGAAGUUUCGAGAUCCCAAGUGGGAGACGUUCUCGAAGAGUUAUGAGGACUCCUUGAAAUACAGACUGACCCGACGGGUGAUGGAACAGACGCACAGACCGUUGUUUGAAAAUGGUUGGGACAGUGGGUCUGAUUCGAGUGGACUGUCCAGUCCAAAACUGAAUGAGGUAAAUGUGUCAGACGCCAGGCAUUAUGCAUCCUCCGUAGAGUCCAGGAACGACACCGCUGAGGUUCUGAACCCCCCUAAGCUGCAAGUGAAUGGUGACAUUCAUACGGACGCUAGUACUUUGGACAGCUGCUCACCUCCCUUGGAAAAUGGUUUCAAAGGUGUAACUGCUAACGGACCAUCUGAAUCCAUUCCAAAACGCCGUCCGAGAUAUCGGGUGCCUCGUUCAGAGCUAUGCUACCCUAACAAGGACCUGGACAGCGAUACAUCAAAUAUAUCUGUGAUAAAAAAGCCGUCCAGAGCUAAAAGCCAACCACCAAGCAAUGCCAAGGAGCGGACGGCAAACCGUGAUAACAGGCGGUCUUCAAUCCGGUAUGACUGGGGAGAAAGGCAUAUUGAGACCAGGAACAGACAGACACCAAACAUAAGAACGUCUAUGUCUGCUGGAGAGAUUCAUCGGACUGACGUGGGUGUCCAGACGAGAAGGGAGACUGAAAAGCGUGGAUCAGAUCACCGCAGGGCGAGGUCAGCUGACCUGGAAAAGUGUCGCCGCUCCGUACUGAGAGUCACGGAUGAACGAUGGAUGACCGAGUACAUGCGAUGCUUCUCUGCUCGCCUAAGGUAGAAGGCUGAUCCAGGGUCAGAUUAUGCUUUUAUAUAUAAGGAUAGGAGGAUUUCAGUUUACAAAUCUCAGACCAGCACUACAGGACAAUUUUAAAGUAGUACUACAGAUUUCUAAUGGCAGAAACUGAAGAUUCUUACAUUUCUAUAAUAAGAGAAGGAAAAAAUCUAAUGCAUUAUAAAAUAACUAAAUAAAUACAAUAUUUUUGGGAGAGAAUGGCUACAAUCACUUUCUCAUCAAUGCAUAGGACCAAACAUUUAUCUUUCACACCAAAACACAUUUGGUAUGAUGUGUAUUUUUGAUGUAUUUGAUUUUUAAUAUUACUUUUAUUAUCUUACUUCCAUUGAUAUUUUGUUGGCAUUUUAUUUUUUAGUUCUGUACUGCAUACAAUCAAUAUCUUAAUCUCUUUUUUUAUUUUGCUGUUAAAAUCCUUAUAUAUUUAUAUAAAUAUAUGAUAUAUAGGAUAUAAAUAUACGUAAGCGAAAAUCACAUAAGCAUUCUUUUCAGUUAAUUUCUUACCCUAUUGACAAACCACUUUUAAGACAGAUGUUUUUUUCAUUAUCUUGAAAAUUUUGUGUCACUUUAAUAAAGGCCGCCGAGCUUAAUUUUGGCCGAUAUUCCCCCUUACGACAAUCCUAGGUUAGGUCACGAUCGUCUUGGUGUUUACCGAUUACCUUACGAAAACAUGGCAGGCCACUCCAAUCGCAAAUUGUAAAUAUUCACCUUGAAUAUCAGUAAUCCUGUUGUGUGAGGGGAAAAAAUGUUCACCAAUACCGUAGACAAAUGUUACCCAAUCAAAGUGAUCAGAUAAGAAAGCAUAACAACCACAGUCAUGGCACAUCAGGCACAGUCCAAAAUGAGAUGGACAUCAAAAAUGUAAAAAGCAGUCCACAUCAUUUUUCAUGCCCUUCAUCUGGCCUGUUUGUUUACUAUGAAGUUACGUUUGAUGGCGAGGGACUUUUUCUGCAUUGAGUGGACCAAACAAUGAGUAGAGGGAUGAAAUAUAAGAAAUUAAUUACCUCUCAUCUUUCGAGAAUGUGCUGCCCUUAUCAUUCAGUUCAAUUGCUUUAAAUGUUUUAACGUGAUUGUUGUUUAUUUCAUUACACGAUCAAUGAAUGUUUGAAAGCUGUUUGAAGUGCAGUGCUGUGCUGAGUCAAAGUUAAAGUGAAAUGUUAAUGUUUUUAAUACAAUAAAUAAAGAGCAUUUUUCACCAGUUAUCACCAGUCAGAAUAUAAAUCACCAUUUCAGUUGCCUAAAAAAAUGAUGGCUAAUGGUCGUGGAAGGCAGUCACUUGAUUCUUUUGAAUGUGAUCAUUGCAGCUGUGUAAAUGAUCAUGCCCUGAGUUUAUUUAUUAUGUACUGUAAAUUCUUUUUAAUAUUGUUUUAGCCGGACAUCUAAAUGACAAAUACAUAUUGUGUAAGUUAAACAUUUUACUUUUAUAAUCUGAUUAGCACUGGAUUUAUGAUAGACACUUUGAAUGAGCCGUGACACUUUAUAUUUUUUGGGCGUAAUCUUUAUAGGGCACCUAUUAUGCAAAAUCCACUUUUACAAGGUGUUUGGACAUAUAUGUGUAUUGGCAGUGUGUGAACACAAAAAUUAAAAAAAUCCCACUUUUUUAAUCCCCAUUAAACCAAAGCAGUCUCAUUAGACAUGCUCUUUGAUUAUCUUGUUAAAAUGAUGUCACGCUGUUAAAGCCACGCCCAUGGGCCACUGACUGACAGUCUACCAUAUCUCAAUAGUAAGAUACUAUUGUCUCAGACUUUAUUUACAGGAAUCAGAUCUAUUUAAACUGAAAGCAGUCAAUGUCUCUUUUGUUAAGGCAGUGAGAAACCGUAGCUCAUUCGCAUUUAAAGGUACAGACACAAAAAUGGCGCAUUUUUGUUUCCACCCAAUUUUUUAUAUGCUAAAAUAAAUCACCUGUGGGAUUUUUGUGAGCUUUAAUUUGAAAGAACAUUUUGGGCCCACCUAAGACUUUUAUUACAUCUUGUAAAAAAGGCACAAUAGGGGUCCUUUAAAGGUGCAGUUUACCCAAAAAUGACUAUUCUGGAUAUGUUUGCUUGUAGUUAUUUUCUUUCCUGUUGUGUUAUGAUAGUAAAAAAAAAUCAGUUUAUUGUUACUCACGAUGACACUCUUGAAUGAAAUUUGCUGUGUUGACCUGUUGACUCUUUAGCCAUGUUUACAUUUUGACCACUGUAUUUGUACAUGAAAACAUGCACAGGUAUAUUUUCAUCAGCAGAACACAAAUACUCUGAAUGAUUUGCUGUGAAUAAAAGAUGUUUGAGUAA